AAGGAAGAGGCGAAAUGCAUGGGCUGUCAAGGUACCAAUAAAGGAUCCGGCUCAGGAAGAAGAGCUCGGAUUGCAUAAACUUGAUGUGCUUACACACACGAUCGGCGAGUUCGAUGCAGGCAUUCGAGUUCUUAUGACUGUCUGGGAAGAAGUAAACUGAUGAUUCACACCUUGGCCACAGAUUACAUUUUGGAACUGCACACUCGCAUCGAAGAGCUCGAGACCGGGCGCCAGCAGGCAGUCAUCAAGACGGUAGACAAGGAGCGCGAGGAGGACGAGGAGCCGCUGCGAGGCGCACAGAUCCCCGUUCAUGAACAACAACAGCAUCCGAAAUCGCAGUCUAUGCCAACACCGCGAUCGAGACAACAGCAGGCUUUGUCGCCGAACACAGCGAUGUCCAUGGAGCCCGGUCAAAUGAGGCAGGUCCGAGAGGUAGGACGUAGCAAAGCACCUAGCAGCGAUGAAGAGACGGUCUCGGACGGGUUGACUUUCUCCGACAUGGAGCUGGACGCACUCCCCCCUCUGACGCCUGGGCCUCCGCCAACAACAGAACAGGUCUCGGGCCCAGGGGUAAGCUCAGCGGGAGAAGGAGCAGACCCUGCGAGCGCACGCACCCGCACUUUUGUGCACCCGCCAAGGCAUACCAUCCGUGUCCCCCGCCGCGGCACGGCCCCCGCGAGGGCCACUCCCUCAUCGACCGCUUCUUCCAGCGAGGAACGCUCGCCGCCCACGUCUGGCACACUCAGCGCCGUCAGCAGCGCAAGCCUUAGCACGACAACCGGAAGCACGAUUAUGGCAGGCGGAAGAGGGUACCACCAGCAGAAUCCAUCCCCGAUGAUCUUGCCCCUCCCCGCCUCCGCGGGAUUGCCCUCACGCAGCCUGACGAGCCCGAUGAUGACCCUGUGGGCCGGCUUGCCCAUCCUUCAGUCGAGUAACGACGAUCCAGGCAACCUGCGAAAGAACUCGGCUAGCUUUGUACCUUUCGCGGGCGUACAUCCUCUCCAUUUGGCUGCACCUGGUGCAUCCCCCGCCAUGCGUCCUUGCCUCGGUCACGGUGGCCACGGGAACGGAACCUGUGUUAAUUGGCCCGAGCUGCCUCCUCCUAUGGUCGCGCUGAGCAGCAGCGAUCCGUUUACCCGCCGUUCUAGCUGGCAGCAGCUGAGGGAAUCGGCGGCCGUCAGCGACUCGCGCACCACCUUGCCUGGCUCCCCGCACCCUCCACCAUCUGCCGAACCCGCUUCCGGGUACUCCCAGGGGCGGGCGCACCGUGGCCGCACCGAAGAAAGAGAAGAUUUGAAUGGUGAUGGUAGCGGCUGUGCACGUUCGUCAGGCGCAGAUACCUCCGCUGCACAUCUCCUGCUCAACAUCGGCGCGUCGCCUGAAGCGCUACCCCCGCAGACGGCCUGUUCAGCCUCCCGUUCAGCCGGCAUGCUCUUCAGCCAGGAGCAGUCCCAUGCCGGUCAGCAACGGCAGCAGCCAGGAAGGGCGCCAUCGGCAUCGCGGCGACAGUCCAUCAUGUCUUUCAACACGACCGCCCUAGGCUACGUGACGCCGCAGGUCUUUCUCAUGGGUGGUAGCCGACAAGCCCCAUAUGGGCAGGGUUUCGGACACGCGUACGCUUACAGUCCCGGCUCGUCGCUUACCCGCUACAACCACUAUGCUGUUUCCAAUCCUGGCUCUGGCGUUGGCGCUGGCGCUGGUGAGAAUCAAUUCGCUCGAGUGCAUGCAUAUCCGGCCAGUGCGCCGGGAGGAGCCAGGGCGCAGAGGAGCGGCUUUGCGUACGGUCUCGCAUCGCCGCCUUUGUUUGCGCUUAGCGACUCCAAGGCGCUGCCCGAGGAGGAGGAUCUUUCGUUGGCCAAGGAGAUGGGACAAGACAGGAACAAAUGGUGAGAUUACCGGAGGACCGCGAUGGCUUGGCCUUAACCCCCACACCGAGCCAUGCAGGUGGCUGGGAAUGACGCAGACGCUAUGUACGAGGGUUGAUCAAUGGCUGAUGACCAGCCCACCGAGACUCGAGACAAUGGCAUCGGGCGCUGGCUUGGUGCGUGGCACGCCGGCCCUGACACAGUGCUAGGACUCGCCCAAGCCUUAUGUGCGUGUAUUUAUAGACUCCCGCCGCUUCGUGAUGAGAACAAUAGAUACUCAUCGCUUACCGAGACCAAA